ACGCCGUCCCCGCCGCCGCCUGUCCCCUUCCUUAGCCUGGGACGCAUCGCCCUCGCCCUCCGCAGCCCAGCAGCGCGGGCUCCGUGGGCUCCGUGUCCCCGCCGCCGCCCCGCAGGCUCCGGCCCGGCCGUUCCGAGCCCGAGCAUGGAACCCGGGGAGCCCCGCGAGGCCCGCGAAUCCGGGCCGGGGGCCGAGACCGCCGCCGUGCCGCGCUGGGAGGAGGCCAAGGCUUUCCACGACAACCUCACGCCCAAGAAGAAACCCAAAUCGCCCAAGCCUCAGAAUGCAGUCACCAUUGCUGUGUCCUCCCGAGCCUUGUUCCGCAUGGAGGAGGAGCAGCGCAUCUACACGGAGCAGGGCGUGGAGGAGUACGUCCGCUACCAGUUGGAGCAUGAAAAUGAGCCCUUCAGCCCCGGGCCCGCCUUCCCCUUUGUCAAGGCCCUGGAAGCUGUGAACAGGAGGCUUCGGGAACUUUACCCCGAUAGCGAGGACGUGUUUGACAUCGUCCUUGUGACCAACAACCACGCGCAAGUGGGAGUCCGCCUCAUCAACAGUAUCAACCACUAUGACCUGUUCAUCGAGAGGUUCUGCAUGACAGGUGGGAAUAGCCCCAUCUGCUAUCUCAAGGCUUAUCACACCAACCUCUACUUGUCAGCUGAUUCAGAAAAAGUACGAGAAGCCAUUGAUGAGGGGAUUGCAGCCGCCACCAUCUUCAGCCCCAGCAAGGACGUGGUUGUGUCCCAGAGUCAGUUGCGUGUGGCCUUUGAUGGGGAUGCUGUGCUCUUCUCAGACGAGUCGGAGCGCAUAGUCAAGGCCCAUGGACUGGACAGAUUCUUCGAGCAUGAGAAAGCCCACGAGAACAAACCUUUGGCCCAGGGUCCCCUAAAAGGUUUUCUGGAGGCCCUGGGCAGGCUACAGAAGAAGUUCUACUCCAAAGGCCUGCGGCUGGAGUGCCCAAUUCGCACCUACUUGGUGACAGCUCGCAGUGCAGCCAGUUCCGGGGCCCGGGCUCUCAAGACCCUGCGAAGCUGGGGCCUGGAGACAGAUGAGGCCUUGUUCCUAGCUGGAGCGCCCAAGGGCCCGCUCCUGGAGAAGAUCCGCCCACACAUCUUCUUUGAUGAUCAGAUGUUCCACGUCACUGGUGCUCAGGAAAUGGGCACCGUGGCUGCCCACGUGCCUUACGGUGUGGCACAGACACCCCGGCGGCCUGCACCUACAAAGCAGGCUCCAGCUACACAGUAGCUGGGCCACCUUGCUCCAGGCUCCCUGUCACACUUUGAUACCUCGUCUGGUGAAUCCUUCUAAUUCCUCAUUGCCUACCCUUCUGCAUGUCUGCCCUCGUCCCUCUGAGUGAGGUACUUGUGGCAAAUUAUGCAGACUGGGCCAGCAUUCUCACUAGAGAACACACUGUGCCAUGAUCCUGGCUAGGACAGUAGAACUGUGUGGGGUGGUUAGGUUUCAGGGACAAGUUGAUGGGACAGAGGGUAGGAGGGUCAGAAAAGCAGGAUGCCAAAAGGGGUUUGGGAUGAAAAGCAACUCAGUGUAGUGCAGGGAGCACUGCUUUGAGAGAGGGUGGUCCUAGCAUCCGAGCUCUGCCCUGGCAUGACCUGCAUGACCUUGAGUAAGUUCCUCACAUUCAUAGGCCUCAGUUUACCCAAGUUUUAGGUGAUUUUUCAAGCUCUCCUUGAGUCAGAGAAGCUUAGUUUUAUAAGAUUGCCCUUUAAAGAAAGUGUUCUGUGCCAGGGCUGCCGAUAUGUAUGGCAUCUGUGCAGGUAAUAAGAAGACACUCUGCCUAGGUGAAUGAAUUAUGAAAAGAUGGCCCUUCCUCUGGCCUGACCCAGCCCAUACGGAGUUACACAGCUUGGUUAACGAGAUAUAGGCUGGAUUUCAGCCCCCACUACUCCUCAGCCCAGAGGCCCACCAAAUAGGCACAAUGCACAAUGUUCCACAAUAUCCCUAUGUGUAGCUUUCCAUGUUUGGAAACCACUGGACAAGAAGACCCAUCUGCUUCUUCUGAUUUCCUAACCUGAGCCAUUGGGGUCAGCUGCAGAGCAGAUUUGUGAAGAGGAAUGAAGGGAGUUCAUUUAACCUGCAUGCAAAUUCUUCUCCAGCCAGCAGAGGUCACUGCAGGCUCUCCCUUGGGAGGAGUUUUAGUGACUUGCUGGUUCAGGGCUUUCUUUGCUUCAGCUUUUAGCCAAAGUUCAAUUGCUCUGCCUGGCAACUCUCACCCCAGCCUUUGGUCCCUCAGUUCCUGCAUCCCACCUGUGUGUACACAGCUCUGCCAGUGAGGAGAAAGGCAGAAUGUCUGUGGGCCCAAAUACAGGGGGAGAAAACACAGUGUCUGAAGUGAGCGGUUAACUACGCUGAACACAAGGGUGAAACCCUGAGUGUAGUGGGAAGUAUCAGGAUGUCUGAUUGGAGAUCCUAUACGUUGAGAUCCAAGUACCAAGACAGUGAUGGCUUAGAGAGGAAGGAGCGGAAUGCACACUAGCAAAAUUCUUCCACUGUGGAUAGUAAGUGGAAGGCUGGACAGAGCUGCCUUGGACCUAAUGAGCUGUCUGUCACUGGGAUGCUAUGCAAGGGAUUCUGGGAAGAGGUGACCUCCCUGAGAUGCACCAGUGACUCCUCCACCUUUACAGAAGGCCCUGCAGCUCCUUCCCUACUUCCAAGAGAGAAAUUUCACUACUUAAUGGUCAGCUCCCUCCUUUGGUGAACAGCCCUGGCUCUCAGAGGAAGGGCAGAAGCACAUGGGUGGGUGGUCCCCAGAAAGACCAAGAAGGGGCAAACAGACAUCUGUGUGGUCACUGAUUACUCAGCUCUUAUGUAGAUUCUAGCUGUGAAUGAGAGCUUAGUGAAAAAACUAAAGGCAUCGUUUAGAGGUGAAGGGCAACCUGGAGCAGCCCUAACCUUUGCCCUUCUAGGCACUCAGUCCCAGGUUUGAAUGGGCAUAGAUUCCAUGCAUUGUAGCACAAGGUAGCAGUUGCAGAAAGAUAACCAGGAAGAGGACAAAGAAGACCCAGAAGCUUCUGGAAAUGAGCGUAAGUUUGGCCUAUAUUGGGCUUGUGCUCUGUGUUGGAGGCCCAUUAGAAGCUGUUCCUGGGAGACAGGGCAAGACUGGACUGAGUGUCCCACCUUGGCUGCCUUUAUCAGGGAUCAGUGGCAUUAUUGUACCCAAAGGCAUGGGAUGAAGAUGUUUUUGCACAAGGUCAUUUCCACCGCACAGCCAGGACCUGGCAGAGGAGACCUUGAGGCAGAAGGCCUGAUAUAGACAACCCUUGAUUACCACUGCUCCAAGCUGGCCAGAGAAGCUGUGUGACCUAACAACAGCUGCAAGGAAAUGACAAAGAGGUGGGAGAGGGAGCUCAGCCUCAGGUCAUCUUUCAUCUUGGCUGUACCUCACAAAAGCCCUCUGCCCUGGGGUUGCAGUCACCUCUUUGGAGGAGCUUCCAGGACUCACAGAGCCAGUGGCCAUACAAGCCUGCUGUGGACAGCCCAGGCUCUCAGAUGGUGAGGACGGACCCAUGCACUAUUAGGACAGCACCAGAUGGAUGUCACCUAAUUAUGAUAAAUUCCAGGGAUUCUGAGGUCCAGCCCCCAGGGCUUAGUAUUAAACACUAUAGACCUUCCAGGAAGCAGGAAAAGAUGAUGCUGGAAGCAGAAAGAUAAGGUGCAGUAAAAGCCGUGGAUUUCACUGGAGCCACCAUUAAUAGAUAUAGACAGCCCUGGGCAAAGGAGAGACACUAAAGGCCCAAAUUCUAUUAUCUAGACCACAAAUGAGCAUCUCAAACCUGGAAAAAAAAACUGAGGGGCUGGAAUAAAAGGCCAGAAGUCCAUGGGGCAGGCUUGGGCAGCAGCUAGACAGGCCUGAUGGGUUCAAGUACUGAGAAAGGCCCCCCCAAAAAAGGAACAUUGUUUAUUGUGUCACCAGGAAAUUUAAAAGCCAGGUAAGUACCAAGGAACCACAGCUUCUGGAACACUGGACCCCUUUAGCUGAAGGCACCACCUCCCCAGGUCCAGCAGAACAUUGGUCCCAGGAUGUGCUUGGCUACAGAGUUCCAGACCCAAUGGAACUGCCACUCAGCAGAAAGACAAGCAGUUGUUACCACUGAGACUGUUAAAAUCAUUGCAAAACAACCCCUCGUCUACUAGAGCCCAACCAGAGUAGUGAGAAUGUAAUAGAAUGUGCCAGGAAAAAAAAAGAAGUUCAAAUCCAAGAUGGAGUCAACUUUACAAUGCUAUUCAAUUGAUGUGCACCCCUACAGCCAAACUGAUGAUCAGAAUAUUGAUAUACCUCCACACCAGUCGGCAAACAGAUCUGCUCUGAGUCUCCUGAGUGUCCCCUGGUGACCUGAGCUGCAUUGGCCCUUCCACUGUGAAUGCUCCAAGAGGCUGCACCAGCAUUGUGGAUGAUGUCCACCUACUCUUUCAUGGUAUCCUGGAGCUAAAAAAAACUUGCCCAAAGCCACCCGGCUAGUAAGUGGCAACGCUGGACUCCAAGUCAUGUUUGUCUGAUGCUGGGACAAUGCUGUCCAUCAUUUUCCAUACUGCUCUUUUUUUUUUUU